GAGCUCAUCUUGAGCCGAGCUUGUACUCAGCUUAACAAGCUAUGUUAAUGAGCAUUUAUCGAGCUCUACCGAGUCGAGCUCGAGCUAGAUUAUUUUUAUUCAAGCCGAGCUCGAGCUCGAGCUGGAUUAUCAAAAUUCGAGUUCGAGCCGAGCUCGAGCUGAAAAAUUAAUAAACGAGCCGAGCUCAAGCUAAGCAAAAACUCGACUCGACUCGGCUCGUUUGCAGCCCUACGUGUAGGCAUAUUAAUCCAUAUCCCAACAAUAACAAGCUCCAUGCUUUGGUGAGUUGUACAAGGCAGAAGAGUAAAUGGAAAGGAAGAGAAAUCAGAUCUAGGUACAGAAAUUGAUUAUAGAGAUGGGAGUAGGCUGAAGUGGUUGAGAGAUGGGUGUAUAGUGGUCUUCGGUUUCCUAUAAGAAGAGGCAGCAGGAUGAGAAUCAGGGGGAGGGGGGAAAUAGCCAGUUUGUUCAAAUCUUUCGAUCGAAAUUCCACUCCAGAGAGCAACCAUUUUCUUUAGCCAACACAAAGAAAACAAAGAAAUCAAGAGAUUCGUUCUUAAUCAACAACCAUUCACCCUUUCAUAAUCUCAAAUCCAAACAUUCUACAAUUUCUGGAAAAUUAAACGAAUCAUAUCGCUACCCUACCUCACUCCGUAAAACUAGAAAAAUUAAAUACCAAAAGCUCACCCGUUGUCGCCUGCGUCCACCGUGUCGCCGUCGUCAUCUCACAGUCAAUCGCCGACCCACACCACUGCCACCUUGGAGUUAUAGUUCCUCCCUCCCAAGUCCGUCGCCGUCGACCUGAUCAACACCACCAUACGCCUCACAUCGCCGUUUCCGUGGCUCCACCCCAACACCGUCGCCGCCACCAGACAACCGUCGAGCCUAUCCCAUUGUCAGACCGCCGAAUCGUCAGGCUAGCGCAUCUUCGUCGCCGCACAGCCGCCACCCAUCGUCGAUCAUCGUCUCUGUUGCACCACCAGACCACCGCCGCGCCACUGUUCCUUGUUGUUCGGUUCGCCGUGGAAGGAGAAGAUCGCAGUGUUGGGAGCAGAAGAAAGAGAAAGGGGGAAAAAGGUUGGGUUUUGGUCAUCACUGCGUCGGAUCACAACACAUUUAAGGAUUUUUUAUCUCUUAAUUUCUAAAAUCACAAAACUAACCUUCAAACCCUAGCGAUUUUACAAAAAUACCAAGGAAAAGUUCCAUGUUUGGUCCCUCACAUUUUUAAGUAACCCGACGUAGCCCUCACCUUUUCUUAAAUGUUUGAAAAAAAAAAUCUUUAAUUUGCAAACAGUUACAUUUUAACGUCAAGUUGAGUGUUUAGCCACUCAACCCAGUUAAAUAAUAUUGAUAUGCAAUUGUAACUGAACAUAUUUAUCCUUAACUAAUAGUUUAGUUAAUUUUCACAUUAAGGUUAAUGUCUUUUCGUACAAACAAAUCAACAUAAAUCGAACUACGCGGACUUUGAUCCCGAGAUGUCGGGUACGUAGGUGACCUAAAGGUUCAAGCCCACAUAACUCCUAAAAUAUUAUUUUAUCAAAUUAUACGAUCAAGUCAUUACCGAUGGGUACAUGAUCAAUUUAUCACGUAACCCUUUUUAAACAAAUUACGAUAGAUGGAUUGUGUUCAAAUCAAUAAACUAUUACGUCCCGAUGGGUACGUGGUCAAUAAUCAUUUAACCUAUCUCAAGCAAAUUACGAUCGAUGGAUCGUCAUCAAAUUAAGCAACUAUUACGUACUGAUGGGAACGUAAGCAAAUUUUUUAAAACAAGUAAGCGUCGGGCGAACUACGAGGGCUUUGAUCCUGAGAUGUCGGGUACGUAGGCGGCCUAUGAGUCCAAGUCCACUAAUAAAUAGAAAAUUUUCUCCUGAAAAAUUACCAAAAAUAUUAAUUCAUUCUUCUAACAUAAUUACAACAUAAUUACAUGUUGAUGAACAUGUAAUAUAUUUAAAAAAUGACAUCACAUAUACAAAGAAAAUCCAAAUAAUUUCAAACAAAAAAAUAUAAAAAGACAAUUCAAACUUAUAGUACCGACAUAGGGUGAUGUACGGGUGCUAAUACCUUCUUUACUCGUAACCGACCCCCGAACCCAAAAAAAUCUAUUUUGCAGACUGGGUCGAGCCUAAAUCUUAACCGAUUUAAGCUUGGCUUCCCAAGUGUCCAAUCCACUUUGAUAGAUUGGUGGCGAUUCCUAUUUUUCAUGCCGCGUCGCGGACGGACCGUUUGCGACACGGGUUCCACGGCGACCACCAGCGAGGAAACUUUUAGAGUUUUCGUUGUAAGGGAGAAGAAGGGGAUUAUGGAGGGAGAGAGAGGGGGAACCAUUUGUCUCCCACUAAGUACAAUCGUAACCAAUUGGUGGGGAGAGGACAACACAGUAGAAGCAGAAGGAAGACAUGAGUUGGAGUACGGGAAAGCAAAGUGGAGUGACAGACUGACUAGAAGACAUGCUAUUCCGGAUUUCUAGGUCCAAGACUAAAAGCAAAGGCAUGGGCUUGAUGUACGGAGAGCACGGUGGAGUGGACGGAGAAGGAGCAAGGUUUCAUCCGUCGACGCUGGCAGCGAUUCCAGAAGCAAGGUGUGGUGGUCUCUGCGAGGAGGUCUCUGAGGGGUGCACGCACAAAACAACAAAAAGUGAAACAGUAAAUAGAAGUUUUGGUAAUAAAGCGUAUCCAUUCUUUAGGUUUUAAAGAAAGAUAAUAAUAAUUUGGACAAACUAGACAAAUUCUAUCAAAAUCGUCCAAUUUUAACAGUUUGAUCGAGCAUACAAGUUAGUAAAACUAAUGUUGUGAGAACCAAACCGGAUCAUGACCCGCUAAUGUGAAAGACUCACAUUUUAGCACUUCAAUCGGUAUUAGAUCAUUAAAAAAUCAUUAGAAAACCACUAUCUUAUAAAUAAUAAUAUCAUAAAUAGAGACACAUAAAAUAGUAAAAAAAAAACAUAAUAUAACCCACGUAUCAGAUGCAGCCUUUCUAUCCCACAUUCCCAGCAUCACACUUGGAGUAUAGUGUAUUCCAGGUGUACACCAAUCUGACCCUAUAUAUGUACACUAAAUCAUUAGGUACUAGACAAUUUAAUGACUAAAAUGAAAUUUGAUUUGAAUGUAUCAUUUAGUAAUUUGCUUGCAAAGGCUAGCGUACACCUGCCGUACGCUAUACGCAUGUGUUCACACCUAAAAAUUCAUUUUUAAUUAAAUUAACUAUUAAUGAUAAUUAAACUUACAAUUAUAGCCAAUAAUUAUUUGUGUACGUUUCAGUACCCAAACAAUUUUUACCACUAGUUAUGCUUUAAUCAAUCAUUUAAGUAAUCAUUAUACAAAUUCUCGUACCCUUUUUCUUCAAAUCGUACCUUUGACUUUGAGACAUCCAGCUUUAAGUCCAUAAUAAAAAGUUAAAUUGCUAUUUCUAGCACGCCCUCCCUCGCAAUCUAGUAGGCCCAAUUCUAAAAACCUGGUGUUCAUCAAUGGGAUAACCAUGUCAAUCAUUUUCAAGGAACAUAUAUUGGAACUCAGAAUCCGCCUUCUCCUUUUUGUAUCCACCGGGUGAGAAUAUAAAUUUGGAUGAACAAAUCUGAGUCCAUGUAGUGUGCAAAUAGAUGCCAUAUAUGGAUCAUCUUGUUCGCCCCUUCCUCCAGCGUCUUUGAAAUAGUAAAGAGCGUCAGUUUGUUGGGAACUAUGACUAAUUUCAGCCCCCACAACAACACAAACACAAAAUUCCAAAGCUUAAUCGGUCUGUCACCUCUCCAAUCGUCCAGAAAACCUCUUCCCCUAUGGCCUUUCUCUUCAGAAUCCUAUUGGGAGCAUCCAUCAAUAAGCAUCGAUCACAUUAUCGGCGAUAAGGCCGUACUUUGUAACCAGAGUCCCGCACCCGGCGAAGUGACCGCCGUCUCCCACAGUGGGGCAGUGCCUCGCCGGGAACGCAAGGUGGGUGCUCUGUUUCUCAAUCGCACAUUAAGGCUCUUCAAGAUGGCACCGUUUUGAACUCACGCUGUCUCCAUCACGUCGACUUGCAAUUUGUUGAGAUUGAAUAGAUAGAAGACGGUGUAAGAUUUGUCAAAGCAGUACGAAAUGUUGGCGUCAUCGUGUCCGCAACUCUGAUAUGAAGCCUCUGUUCCUUGUUGUCAAGUAGGGUGUAUUAGAUUUGGACCAUUUGGGUCUCGAUGGCAGGAGUCAAAUUGAUGAUUGAGUUGGAAUUGGAGUUUCAGCAGCGAAGAAACUAGGUCAUGAAAAGGGGGCAAUGGCUCUCUGAAACAAAGACUAAAAUGUUAUGGCCCAAGGAAACGAAUGUCUUUUGUAAUUCAAUUGGAUAUUUACAUGAUUGAAUUAAGCAUAACGAUGGGAAAUUUAUUUGCGACUAAAUCGUAUAAGAAAUU